AUGCUUACAUCAUGUGAAACAUUAGAAAACAUUGUUUUAAACGAUAUAUUAGAAAAAAUAUAUGACAAUGCCUUCAACGGAUGUUAUAAAUUAUCAUCAAUUAUUCUUCCAAGUUCAUUAAAUGAGAUCAGUAAUAACGCAUUUCGAAAUUGUAUUUCAUUGAAAACAAUUCAUUUUCCAGAAUUAAUUUUUCAAAUUAAAUUUGAAGCAUUUUCAAAUUGUUCAUCAUUAGAUAAUAUUAAAUUUCCUAACUAUGUAGGCAAAAUUGAAUUUGCAUUAUUUCGAUAUUGUACAUCAUUAACAACUAUUACAAUUCCAGAUAGUGUCACGGAAAUUGACAUGAAUGCGUUUAGUUACUGUACAUCAUUAACAAAUAUUAAAAUUCCAAAUAUUGUUACAACAAUUGCAGCAGAAACAUUUAGUAAUUGCACAUCAUUAACAAGAAUUUCAAUACCAGAAACUAUCUCAAAAAUUGAUAAUAAAGCAUUUAUUUAUUGUACAAAAUUAACAAGUAUUUCAAUACCAGAUAGUGUUCAGGAUAUUGGCGAUGCAGCAUUUAGUUAUUGUUCAUCUUUAUUUUCCAUAACAUUACCUCAAUACAUAGGGACAAUAAAUCUAGAGACAUUCAGUUAUUGCACAUCUCUAACAUAUAUUUCUCUUCCAAACAAUGUCAAUACCAUUGUAUGGAAAGCAUUUAGUCAUUGUUCAUCAUUAACAAGUAUUACCUUCCCAUCAAGUAUUUCAACCAUUCAAUUUAAUGCAUUUGAAUAUUGUACAAAUUUAAGAACAAUUAGAUUUGAAAAUAAUUAUAACUACAUCAAAUUUGAAGAAAAUCCAUUUUACAAAGUUCAAAACAAAUUAAAUAUAUAUAUUCCAGGACAAUUUAAUAUUAAUGAAGCUAAAUCUCGUGCAUUUCCAAAGAGAAGUCAUUUAUAUAUUACAGGUCAAACAACUUUAUCAGACAGAUGCAAAAUGUUAUUUGGAUAUCGAUCUGUUUAUGUUCACAAUGAAGAUGCUGAUUCAAUAAUCUAUACCAAAACACUUGAUGUUAUUAAUUAUAUCAAUAUUACAGAUAUUACAAAUAUUUCAUUAACAGAAUCAAUCUCCUAUUUCGACCAUGGAAAAAUAUACAGGAGACGUUGA